GCUCGUUUCACUCAAUUCCCCAAACUGUCAGAGAAUCAGAAUAGAGCGAGUAGCGAGGGUUCUUCUUCUUCUCCAACGCUUGAGAGUAGAGAGUAGAGAGUAGAGAGUAGAGACUAGAGACGGAGUCACCGUCAUGGAGAGAGGCAGAGAGCAGAUCAGCAGAGAUUUUUCUUCUCCGACGCCUGAGAAAACCCGUCGUCCUCCACCGGAGAGCAGAGUUUCUUCUCCUUCUUCUUCUUCUCCGCCGCCGAGCCCGCCGCCGCGCCAUCCUCUUCAUGUAAGUUCCUCUCUCUUGCUCUAUCUCUCUCUCUCUCUCUCACUCACAUUGUGAUUUGUGAAUCUGCAUGUAAGUUCUUAUUCUUUCACAGACUCAUCGUUGCAUUGUAAGUUCCUCUCUGUCUCUCUGAUUAUUAUAUUUAUUUUUGCAGUUUUUGUAUCUACUAUUUUCAUAAUGAAAUUCUGAAUUUGCGUUUGUUAAUAACAAUCGCAUCACUGAAACCUAGUUAGCAUAAUCAAUUCAUCACAUUACUUUAGCUCAACUAGUUUGACACAUUAGUUUUACAAUGUGAUUACACUAGUUUGUGGUUUAGUGUUUGGUUGUAAGAGAAAGCUCAAUUUCUGGAUAUGCUCUUCUUACUAUCUCCUGGAUUGAUCUCUCUCUUUCUCUGCUUAAGUCAGGUCCAUUCUCUCUUUCCCUCUCUCCUUCUCUCUUCCAAUGAUUGUUACUUAAGUGUCUGUCACUAUCUCCUGGUCCAUUUGCUUGGUUUCAAUUUGAUUUGGUUCAUGAAGUUUUGAUGUUUUCAACUAAUUAUUGUGUGCAAAGGCUCAUAAUAAGUGUUGACCGUUUGGAAAUUGGUUCAGGAUUUGAACUUGAGAAAUUUUGACAAUGGCAGCCAAUGCUUCUAAUGAAGCAGCAAAGCAACCUCCUCAGCCAUCUCCCUUGCGCUUCUCCAAGUUCUUUCAGAUACUCCCCUUCUCUUAUAAGUUAUAAAUGAAUCUUUGAUUGUUGGAUCUGUCCAAUAUGAAAAUUUUGGUUACUGGAGGAGCUGGAUUUAUUGGCUCUCACCUAAUUGACAGAUUGAUGAAAAAUGAGAAAAAUGAGCUUUUCCAUGGAAGCCAACAAGAGAUAACUUCUGCAGUUACGAUUUUGCUUUUGAUGCAUCCAUAAUAUUCAAUCAUUGUAAUACUCACAGGAAUUCUGAGAAACAAGACAAUGAUAAUAACUGCAACAGAGAAAGGUUCUUGAGGAGAUAAGGGUAGAAAAAACAGAGAAUGGAAUUCUCACCAUGAUUGAACCUGAUGACAAAAAUGGUAUGGAUGGCUGAACUUUAAAUCAUUUCGUCAAAAUUUGUGUAUCACCUGAGAAGGAAUAUCUACUUUAUAAUGUAAGAAUAACUUUGAUUACUCAAAAUAUGAAAAUUUGUCAUGCCACUAUACAAAUCUCUUGAAUUUCUCACUUCUUUCUUUGCCUUAUGCAACCAACACUCACCAGUCCUACUAUUAAUUCAGAUAACAAAAACUAAGGCACCUUGGUCAACCCUACAAUAUACUACUAGUCUACUACCAUGAACCUCAACAAAAAUUCUUCUAUUGGAAGAAUUUGAAACUAUAAAAUUUAUGUGUGCUAAGGGAUUUUUUUCUAACAAUUACUCUCUUGUAGAGUUGUUUGCUUGUAUCCUACAAAGACAAAGAUUGUAUCCUAAUGUUAUACAGUGUGGAGUCAGUUAAUCUUUUCGUAAAAAAGGAAAGACUGUUUGCAGGCCAAAAACUUAAAGAAAACUCUUGCAUGGUUACAAUUGUCACAUUGAUCUUGGAAAAAUGUGUAAUCUCUAGCGGUAGUGUUGUUGGAGCCUUAAAAGACUAAUAAGAUUGAUACUGCAUGAGAGCUUGGAAUUCAUCAGCAUCCAUUGCUGCCUUCCAAUGUGGACAGGUGAUGGCUUGAGAAACACUCUUUGCACCUGCUGCCUUUGAUCAAUAGGGUUGACAUAGUCACAAGUAUUAUCAACCACUUAUUCUGUAGCCAUCAGGACAACCAAAGAGUUCUCAAAGAGAGGAUGAUUCUAACGAUCUGUUUCCUGCAUUGAGGGAGUUUGUCGAAAUGGGAAAGCCUGUUUGGGGAACCUGUGCAGGGCUUAUAUUCUUGGCAAAUAAAGCAACAGGACAGAAGACUGGUGGACAAAAACUGGUUGGUGGACUUGAUUGUACUGUGCAUAGAAAUUUCUUUGGCAGCCAGAUUCAAAGCUUUGAAGCUGACCUUCCGGUGCCAGAGCUUGCAUCCAAGGAAGGUGGUCCUGAAACAUUCCGUGGAAUUUUUAUCCGUGCUCCGGCAAUUCUUGAAGCAGGGCCAGAAGUUCAAGUUCUGGCUGAUUAUCCUGUCCCUUCUAACAAAUUCUUGGAUUCUGAUUCCUUCAUUGAAGACAAAAAGGAGAAUGCCGAGGAAGGCGGCAAAGUCAUAGUUGCUGUCAGACAAGGAAACAUUCUAGGGACUGCUUUCCAUCCGGAAUUGACAGCCGAUACUCGAUGGCAUAGUUAUUUCAUAAAAAUGUCAAAUGCAAAUGUUGGGGAAGAAGCCUCAAGUAGUAGCCUUGUUCCAGCAGAGGUCGACAUAACUUCUAACCAACAGCCGCGCAGUGACCUUCCUAUCUUUCAAUAGCACCAAAGAAUCACCAAUACUAUAUUGACAAUUAUGGAUGUUUAUCUUCAUUUACUUUCUUUAUAAAAGUGAUAUCUAGUAAUUUUAGAUCUUAGAAUAUAGCUUAAAUAGAGUUCUUACGGUCUUACCCCUUUGUUUCUAUUGUGCGAGUUACAAUACACACUGUAUGUGCCUUGAAAGGCAUAAAAAAUGUUUAUAUUCUUUCAAGAUUUUUUUAUCUUUUGUUUUGUUGGUUUUGGCUGUUCAUCUUUAGUGUGGUGUGCUACUAUGGAGUCCAGGCAGGGUAGGAUGUACUAGUGAGAAUGAAAAAUUGUGUGAAUUUCAUAUAUCGUCGACAAAAAAAAUCUUGUCGAUGUAAUUUCAUCCGGAAAAUCAACGUUAAUUUAGAUGUAU